AUGAAUACUUUAAGUUGGAAUUGUCGUGGGCUUGGGAACCCACGGGCCUGUCAAUUCCUUGAGAACAUUGUUGUUCAAAAGAAGCCCAAUUUUAUUUUUUUGUAUGAAACUUUUUGCAAAACUGAUAUUGUGGUUCGAAUUAAACACAAGCUUGGUUUUGAAGGAGCUUAUUGUGUGGAAGUUCACGGUCAUAAACGGGGACUUGCUCUCCUUUGGAGAGUUAAUGAUGAUGUCCAUUUUUUGGGGUGUUCAAGUAAUCACAUUGAUGUAGUUGUUCGUGCUCCUAACUGCAUUCCUUGGCGGCUAACUGCUGGUUCUUCUCACCUUCCAUGGUGCAUUAUUGGUGAUCUCAACAACAUUGGUGACCACUCUGAGAAGCGAGGGGGUAGACCUUACCCAUUGUCUCUUAUUCAUGGCUUUCAAGGUGUCCUUUAUAGAUGCAAUCUUGUUGACUUAAAGCUUCAUGGCCAUCCUUACACUUGGGAGAGAGGCAAAGGCACGGCUAACUGGGUUGAAAUCAGGUUGGAGAAAGCUCUGCCUGAGCCGACUGAUGUAACCCAUUUUGUGUACCAUUUUAAGUUUGAAAAUGCAUGGACACGUGAGCCUCUCUAUAGCCAAAUUGUUCAAUCUUGUUGGGAGAAUUUUUCACAUGCUUCAUUUCAGGAAAAAGUAAAGCAAUGCAGUUUCUUGUUAGCCGAAUGGGGAAGAAGUCUUACAUGCAACUUUAAGCAUAAAAUCAAAAAAAGCAAGGCCACUCUUUCUGCUCUAAAAGAUAAAACCGAUCCCAACUCUGUACAUGAUUUUUGUCAGGAGCAAACUAAUUAUUUCGAGAUCCUUGCCCAACAAGAAUUGUAUUGGAAGCAGCGAUCAAAGCAAUUCUGGCUUCAUAGUGGUGAUAAAAAUUCCAAGUUUUUUCAUGCCAUGUCUAGUUCAAGGAAAAGAACCAACAAUAUCCAUCAACUACAACAAGCUGACAAAUUAUGGGCUACUUGGGAUAGUGGUUUGCAAGAUAUUAUUGUUCAGUAUUUUCAAGACAUUUUUACUGCUGGGAAUCCUAACUUUGAUUAUGUUACAGCUGGUAUAAGGUGCUCUAUCACUGACUUACACAACGAUAUGCUUUUGCAACCGAUUGUUGAUGAUGAGGUUCGACUUGCUCUCUUUCAAAUGCAUCCUGACAAAGCACCAGGGCCUGAUGGUAUGGGACAUGGCUUCUUUCAGAAACAAUGGCAUAUAGUGGGUUCGGAUGUCAUUUCUCUUGUGAGGGACUUUUUUGAAACAGGCUCUUUUCCCGAAAGCCUCAAUGACACUAAUUUGGUUCUCAUUCCUAAGAAGAAGACUCAAACUACUAUGGGUGAUCUUCGUCCCAUUGCCUUGUGUAACGUUGUUUACAAAAUUGAUGCAAAAGUGCUUGCUAACAGAAUUAAACCUCUGGUUGAUCAGGUAAUCUCCCCUACUCAGAGUGCAUUUAUUCCUGGAUGCCUUAUUUCUGAUAAUAUAAUGAUAGCUUUUGAAGUUAUGCAUUACUUGAAAUGUAAAGUUCAUGGAAAGAAAGGCUAUAUGGCACUCAAACUUGAUAUGAGCAAAGCCUAUGAUCGAGUAGAAUGGGGUUAUCUAAGGGCGGUCAUGAUCCAAAUGGGAUUCAGUCUUCGAUGGGUUAAUAUGAUAAUGUCUUGUGUGACCAGUGUUCGCUAUUCUAUUAUUCAUGGUGGUCAUGUUAUAGGACCUAUUCUUCCCACUCGCGGUUUCUCUACUCUCAUCUCUAAGUUCGAAACUGACAGAUUGUUACAAGGCUGUCGUGUUGCUAACGGUGCUCCCACCAUCUCUCACAUGCUGUUUGCUGAUGACAGCUAUCUUUUUUGCCAAGCUAAUUCAGGUGUCGCACGUAGUGUCAUGUCUCUUCUUCGUCGCUCUGAAACCGCUUCUGGCCAGCAGGUGAAUCUCACAAAGUCUUCCAUCUUCUUCAGUCCAAAUGUUCAACAAGAUGUUCGGCACCAAAUAUGCUCUCUUCUCAGUAUGGAUGAAGCCUCUGACAACAACUUUUAUUUGGGAUUACCAAACAUUAUUGGAAGAAAUAAAAAAUCUAUUCUUGGUUUUCUGAAGACUAAAGUGAUCAACAGAAUCAAUAGUUGGACUGGGAAAUUAUUAUCUGGCGCUAGUAAAGAAGUUUUGUUGAAGACAGUUGUCCAAUCCCUUCCUACUUAUGCCAUGAGUGUGUUCCUUCUUCCUUUGGGUACCUGUGACAAAAUUGAGAGAUUAAUGUCUCGGUUCUGGUGGAAGACCACUAGUAGCAAAGGCAAUGGUCUUAUUUGGAUGAAUUGGAAUCGACUCUCUCAACCAAAAGAUGCAGGCGGCUUGGGUUUCCGGCUACUCCAUGAUUUCAACCUUGCUAUGCUUGCUAAGCAAGGUUGGAGAUUUUUGACACAUCCAAAUUCUUUGGCUACCACAAUCUACAAGGCUCGUUACUUUCCACAUGAUGACUACCUAUCGGCCGAUCUUGGAAGGAAUCCAAGUUUUGUUUGGAGGAGUAUUUGGCAAGCUCAAUCCUUAGUUCGUUUGGGGGUAAGACGAAGCAUUGGUACUGGUUUGACGGUCAAUAUCUUACACCAACCUUGGCUUCCUCAUUCCACUAAUCCAUAUGUAACUUCCUCUCAUGUGGGUCUAGUUGCUUCAGGUGAUUUUUGGUCAUGGUCUGGUGAACAUUCUGGGAAUUUCUCUGUUAAAAGUGCCUACCGCAUGCUUCAGGAUAACAAGUAUUCAAGGUUAGGUGUUAACAACUCAGGGUUUUGGCGAAACCUAUGGCAACUUAAGAUCCCACCAAAGGUCAAGAAUCUUCUCUGGCGAGCUGCAUCUGGGGUUUUACCAACCUGCUUGAAUCUCAGAACUAAACAUGUGGAUAUCUCCUCCACUCGUCCAGUUUUCCAUUCGGCUCUCGAGACUAUCUCCCAUGCUCUUCUUUCUUGCCAUUUUUCUUCAUGCUGUUGGAAUUCUAUGGAUCUACCUGCUGGAAUUGCUCUCGAUGACUCUUUUCCAAUCUGGUUAGAUAACAUCUUUCAUAAGCUUGAUGCUGAUCGUGUUUCCCAGAUGGUAAUGGAUAACACUUCCCUAUCCUCCAUUAAUUUCUAUAAUAGUGGAGAUGGGGCUGAGCUAUGGACUAAACCGGAUACAAACACAAUCAAGAUAAAUGUUGAUGCUGCUACGUUUGCUAGUAAGAACAGAUAUGGUUAUGGCAUGGUCGCAAGAAACAACUUGGGCAUUCUUAUUGACGGCAAAGCUGGAUGUAAUCUUGGGACCUUUGCACCUGAAGUUGCAGAAAUCAUUGGCAUCAAGGAAGCCUUAAGCUGGAUUAAAAACCAUAACUGGCACACUGUUUAG